UUUUGCUUGCCCAAUUGCCCCGCUAGUUAUAGCGAGCGAAUACUGCAUUUGCACUUACAUCGUCCUAUCCGCCGCAAAUUCGGUUUAGUCUUGGGGUUGUCGUCCGAGAUCAUCCUGUUUCUUUCUUGAAUCAACCCUCGUCAAAUACGUCAUUCGAGAGUUCGCGGUUCAAUCUGGCUUCUCUUCCAUUUAGAUUUAAAUCAGGAGGCGACGGCAAGAUGCCUUCCGCCGUGGGAUCCCACUCCCACCGCCCUACCACCAAGGUCUCGCACAAAGGCUACAAGUCCAAGAAGGCCACCAAAGGCGAACUGCGCGAGCAAGCAAAAGGCAAACUAUCCGGCGAGAAGGGCCAGCGCAAGACACCACACCAGCAAGUCAUGUCCAAACUCGAUCGAAGAAAUCAGGCCAAGCAGCGCCAAGUCCAAAAAGCAAAAGAGCAUCAAGAGGAGAAUUUUAUAUUCAAGGGCAAAGACGGCGCACCACGGAUCGUUGCAGUUGUACCAUUGUGCCCUGACGGAGACGUCCCUGCCGCAAUCCGCAAACUGAACACCAGCCUCGAUAUCGAUUCCGAGGUUCUCGACACAAGUUUCCGAGUCCAGGUCGACCGGUUCAAGCAGAAGCUACAAUAUGUCCCCCUGCGACGCGACCUGACCGCAUGCAUGGAUGCUUCUCGUGUCGCCGACUUUGUCAUCUUCCUGUUGUCCGCCGACGUCGAGGUUGAUCCCCUCGGCGAACUCAUCAUCCGGAGCAUCGAGAAUCAAGGCUUGUCCACAUGUUUCUCCGUCGUCCAGAACCUCGACAAAAUCCAACCCGUCAAGGCCAGGCCUGAUGUUCAGAAGUCUCUUGUCUCUUUCAUGACCCAUUUCCAUCCCGACCAAGACAAGGUCUACAGCCUUGACUCGCGGCAGGAAUGCUCGAAUCUCAUGAGGUCCUUGUGCAGCACCACCCCCAAGGGAGUACAUUGGAGGGAUCAGAGGAGCUGGAUGUUGGCAGAUGAAGUUCAAUGGCCAACCACGCCAUCUGGCUCGACUGUCAUCACUGGUGUUGUGCGUGGAAAGGGCCUGAAGGCUGACCGCUUGGUGCAAGUUGGAGAUUGGGGCACCUUCCAGAUCGAAAAGAUCACAGCAGCCCCUCUGGUCGUCAAGAGAAAGCGAGACGGUGAUAUGGCCGUGGACGAAGCUGGUUCCGAAGAGGUCUUGGAGACUCCCACUGAGGACCAGGAUGACUUGGCGGAGUUGGCACCGGAGGAGGCAAGAAUGGACGAUGUUGAUUCCGAGUCCCUUGCCCCCACAACCAAGAAGGGAGUCCUUUUGGAUGAUCAUCACUACUUCUCCGAGGAUGAGUUCGACAAGCCAGCAAGACCAGUAAAGGUGCCCAAGGGUACAUCCGACUACCAAGCAGCCUGGUACUUGGAGGACGUGUCUGAUUCCGAAUCCGAGAUGGACGAUGACGAGAUGCAGGAUGCUGACGAGGAAGCCCAGAAAGCCGCCCCCGAAGAUGGUAUGGAGGGCCUUGCCGGCGCUGAGCCCACGGAGGCUGCCAUGUCCGAAUAUCCUCAGUCCGAAAAGUUUGAGGAGCUGGAUGAGACCGAAGAGGCUGAACAGUUGGCGAGCUACAGAGCCAAGAAGCGAGACGAGGCGGAGGAAGAUUUGGAGUUUCCUGAUGAGAUCGAGUUACAUCCUAAUGUGCUCGCGCGAGAAAGACUGGCGAAAUACCGCGGUCUCAAGAGCUUGGCAACUAGUCCAUGGAACACGGAAGAGGAUCGGCCUUACGAGCCUGAAGACUGGUCGAGAUUGCUGAAAAUUUCGGAUCCUCAAUCGUCGAGGAACCGAUCCAUUCGCGAAGCACUCGUCGGAGGAGUGGCACCAGGAACAAGAGUCCACGUGUACCUGAAAGGUGUACCCACAGGGUUCAAGGACGGCCACAAGCCAUCGCAGCCCCUUACUCUGUUCUCUCUUCUGCGCCACGAGAACAAGAGGACAUCUCUCAACUUUGAUAUCACGCACAAGGAGGAUUUUGAAAAGUCCAUCAAGGCCAAGGAGGAGCUGAUCGUCCAAUGCGGGCCGCGUCGCUUUGUAAUCAACCCUCUGUUCUCGCUCAGCGGCAGGACUGAGAACGAUGUACACAAGUACUGCAGGUUCCUGCACCCUGGACAAUCCGCAACGGCUACUUUUAUGGGUCCUAUCACUUGGGGAUCCGUGCCGACUCUAUUCUUUAAGCGCGUAGUGCCCGAAGAAGGCAGCACUGCUGACGACAAAUCAUCCUCCGACUUUCCUCUCCAGCUCGUGGCAACUGGCACAGCUCGCCCUCCUUCGACUUCUCGAGUCAUUGCCAAGCGUGUCAUUCUCACUGGUCACCCAUACCACAUCCACAAGAAGGUUGUUACCAUCCGGUACAUGUUUUUCAACCGCGAGGACGUCGAGUGGUUCAAAGCACUACCACUGUGGACCAGGCGCGGCAGGUCUGGCUACGUCAAGGAAGCGCUUGGUAUGCACGGUUACUUCAAGGCCAACUUUGACGGGCGCACCAACCCUCAAGACAGUGUCGGUGUCAGCUUGUACAAGCGCGUUUGGCCAAGAGCUGCCCGUCCUUUCAAUGGGCGCCUGCUCGAAGAGGGCGAGGGUGAGCUUGUCCAGGAGGCUGAUCAGGCGAUGGACGAGGACGUGCAGUAGAAAUUCAGUAAGUCAUGGAUAUAGAUUGACUGGCGUUACCGGUUUAUUGUCUAGGGUAUGAGGUUCAUGACAUAGAAAUGGCAUUUGACAUAGCCAUUGCGAUAUAGGAAAUUUCAUUAUUUCGCCUGCAUGAGAUAUGGCGCUUACGUUCGCGAGUUUCCAUUUGUCUUUCUGGUAUACAGCAGACC